AAUACGACAAUCACAUUUGUUAACAAGAUGAGUGAUCAAGAUGAUAGUGCUGGACCUUAUGCGGUUAUUCGAUUUACUGACGAAAACUCAAAUUCUAAACUAAUCGAUUUGAUUCCAUCUUCUUGGAUUCGCAAAGUUGAUCAGGGAUAUUUUUGCUCGUAUCCAGAUUCGAAAGAUUAUUCUCAUUUAGAUAACUGGCUUGUUUCAUUAAAAGAUGUCGAAGAACAUUGGGAUUCUUAUGCGAUAUUAUUGCAUACGCAAUAUUCAGCAGACAAAAAUACAUUGAGAAUGACUAUUUAUAUUCACGUUGCACAAAAUAUAGAAAAUUUAAAACAAGGAAAAAGAAGGUUGAAGCGAGCACUAAAGUCGGAUGACGUGAAAAGUACUGAUGAUGACGUAUGCGAUACUAAUGAAAUGUCAGUAAUGAUAUUAUCCAAAGAUUCCUUGGAAAAGCAAUUAAAUGCAGUGAAGCCAUUUUUAACCAUUGACGAAUCUCCUUCGACAAAGACAUCUGCAGAAAAUGUGUUUCCUUCGGCAUCGAUCACAUUGGAUCUUCCAGUUAUAAAUGAAGAGACAGCGGCAGAGAUUUUAAAUGUACAACCGAUUUCAAUAGAUGUGCAGAUAGAUUAUAUGGACAAAAAAUUCCAACAGCUUCAGACUGAACUCUCAAGCCAAAUUUUAUCCGCCAAAAGAAGUAUUUUGUAUGACUUAGAUAAGAAGAUAACCGAAGUGAAACAUACAAUUAUCGUUAAUAAUCAAUCAAACACUACUUCACAAAUGAGUAUCGAUAAAUUAAAAGAAGGUUUAAACAUUGCUUUACCAACAGUAUCAUUGGAUCACUUUUUACAGUUGGAAAAUUUAUUAAUAGAUUCUCCAGAGAAAAAAGAAGCAUUGAUGGCUUUGUUCCGUGUACUUAUUGCUGCAGAACCUGAUUUGAAAGAGGGCAUUGCCAAGGCGAUGAGUUCAAUAAUGACGAAGACAGUAGAAUUACAAUAUUCAGCAACAGGAAGGAUGAUUAAUGGACAGUCCGAAAGAAACUUUAGUGGGACUAACUCGUCCGGUGGGGAUUUUUACAACAAUCCCAGAUUUGGGAUUGUUGUAAAAAUCGUUUCACCUUUAUGA